UAUCACAGGUAAUCCCUGGGUUUCUGUGUAGACACAGUUUAUGGGCAGCCAGUGCAGGCAGCAACCAGUCCCUUCCCAUUGUGGAUGUGGAGACCUCUCCGGAUUCACAAUUAAAGGCUCCACAAUGCAUUCCACUACAGGUGACGAAACCCAGCUCCCAGAAUAACAAGCAAGACAGCUUUUAAAGUGACUGCUGUUGACCAGUGUCUUCUGUGCGUUUGUUUGGUAAACGUAUGGUGGAUUUUUUUUUUUUUUUAAAAGAAUGGUAUAAAUUCUUUGGAAUUAUUCUCGGGGGAAGGCUGACUCUUCCUGAAGGCAAUACAGUUACCAUAGAAUCCCUAUCAACAGAGUGGCCGUGUAUGUUCCUCUGGUCUUUGUGACUACCAAGACGCCGUGAAGCCGUCCUUCUGACCAAGGACGGGGGCGGGAAAUGCUGAAACUAGUGGCCACAGAUGUCUUCAAUUCCAAAAACUUGGCCGUGCAGGCGCAAAAGAAGAUCUUGGGGAAAAUGGUGUCCAAAUCCAUCGCCACCACCCUCAUCGACGACACGAGCAGCGAAGUCCUGGAUGAGCUCUACCGAGUGACCAAAGAGUACACCCAGAACAAGAAAGAGGCGGAGAAAAUCAUCAAGAACCUCAUCAAAACAGUCAUCAAGCUGGCCAUUCUCUACAGGAACAACCAGUUUAAUCAAGAUGAGCUGGCGCUGAUGGAGAAAUUUAAGAAGAAGGUUCACCAGCUCGCCAUGACCGUGGUCAGCUUCCAUCAGGUGGAGUACACCUUUGACCGCAACGUGUUAUCCCGGCUGCUGAAUGAAUGCAGAGAGCUGCUGCACCAGAUCAUCCAGCGUCACCUCACUGCCAAGUCACACGGACGGGUUAAUAACGUCUUCGACCAUUUCUCAGAUUGCGAUUUUUUAGCUGCCUUAUAUAACCCCUUUGGAAAUUUCAAGCCCCACCUACAAAAACUCUGUGACGGCGUGAACAAAAUGCUGGAUGAGGAGAACAUUUGAGCGUAUGAGUGAAGACUGACUGCUCGUGAUUUAUUUGAAAAUGGAGCACUGCUAAUGUAUGAAGGAAAAAAGAAUUUUUUUUUUUUUUUUUUUAAGAUUACACAUGGUUCAGAAAGACAUUGGCCAAUUCGGUUGGUAGAUGUUAGUGGUAAUGUCUUAUGUGGCUUGUUUUAUUGGAAGAAAAGCAUAGUGCCAAAAAUUCUGGUGAAAGGCUCCCUAAUGGUUGACAGAUCGUGGGGAAAGUGUAUGAUGCAAAUAUAGAGUCAUACAAAGAUGAAUAUGUAUGGCUCUGAACCUCAAGACAUCUAUUUUAGAGCAGUUAAUAGCACAUUGGAUAUUUCUAACGUGUACAGAGUUAUGUAUUUUGAUUCACUAUUAUUCCUUACUAUGUGUACGUACCUCUGUUAAGAAGCUGAGGUCUUUCUCUCGCUCUCAUUGUUCCUUUUGAAACAAUUUCAUUUGCGAGUUUACCUUUGGUUAAACAUUCUUGCAUUAAAGAUUGUGUCACUGACAUUCAAGAAGUAAGUCUUCAUGGAGAAUUAAGACACUCAAGAAUUAAGGCGGUCAAACGGAACCCCCAGAAAAAUUGAAAAACGGCUUCUCUGAAGUCAGUAUUGUAGGAACCAACUGUAUGUGACAUCACAAAUAAUGUUUCUGGAGAUGAAACGCUUCUGGAGUUGAGUCCUGUUUUUUAGUACCAACAGUGCUACAUCUGAAACGUGGUAAUUCUUGAAAAUGUGCUGGUGGCAUCUCUACCCAUUUUCGAUGUGAGAGUCACAGAGGAAAAUCUAGGUGGUUCUUGUAAAAUUUAAGUGGUAUUAAGACAGUUACUACAAUCUUUAUUUUAGAGAGGAGCCCGUCAAAAUAAUGUAGGGGGAUAAGGGCCAAAAAGGAGGAAAGCAUAUUGCUGUAGCAUGUGAGAAUGGAAAUAAAAGGCAUUUCAAUGUUUAAUAAGGUUUGAUAGGUAAAUAAAGAAUGUCACUUUUUUAUUUAA